CUCGACCGGCGAGGCGACCAGAUCACCAUCACCGAGGAAGUAGUAUUAUUAUCGCCGGAACGUUCAACAAAGAAAUCAUGACGCUACUUCUCGACCGGCGAGGCGACCAGAUCGCCAUCACCGAGCAGUGGUAAGGGCCGCAGCAGGAAACAAUCGGAAUGGCAAGGGUAUCAUGACACUACUUCUCGACCGGCGAGCGAUCAGAUCACCAUCACCGAGGGAGUGGUAAGGGCUGCAGCAGGGAACGAAGAGAACGGCAAGGAAGUCAUGACACUACUUCUCGAUCGGCGAGGCGACCAGAUCACCAUCACCGAGGAAGUAGUAUCUAUUAUCGCCGGAACGUUCAACAAAGAAAUCAUGACACUACUUCUCGACCGACGAGGAGACCAGAUCAUUGUCACCGAGGAAGUGGUAAAGGCUGCAGCAGGAAACAAUCGGAAUGGCAAGGAAGUCAUGACACUACUUCUCGACCGGCGAGGCGACCAGAUGACCAUCACCGAGAAGGCUGCAGCAGGAAACAAUCGGAAUGGCAAGGGCGACCAGAUCACCAUCACCGAGGAAGUGGUAAGGGCUGCAGCAGGAAACUGGGAGUGCGGCAAGGAAGUCAUGACACUACUUCUCGAUCGGCGAGGAGACCAGAUCACCAUCACCGAGGAAGUGGUAAGGGCUGCAGCAGGAAACUGGGAGUGCGGCAAGGAAGUCAUGACACUACUUCUCGACCGGCGAGGCGACCAGAUCACCAUCACCGAGGAAGUGGUAAAGGCCACAGCAGGCAACGAAGAGAACGGCAAGGAAAUCAUGACACUAUUCUCGACCGCGAGCGACCAGAUCACUAUUACCGAGGGAGUGGUAAGGCUGCAGCAGGAAACAAUCGGAAUGGCAAGGAAGAGGCAGAUCACCAUCACCGAGGAAGAUGGCGAAGAAGUUAUGGGACUGAUUGUCAAUCGGCGAGGCGACGAGAUCAUUGUCUGA